CAAUGGGAAAGUAAUUAUGCUUUGAAAGUUGAUAAACUUGUAACCUCACUUUUGAGAAAAUGGCCCUUGAAUGUUUUGGUACCUACUAGAGAGCUCUUCUUUGUCUACACCCAUUCAGCAAUCAUCUCUUUAAGGAUUAACAUGUAAGGCUAUGUACUUAACUAUGUACUCAACAACCGAAGAUUUCAAGACUAAAGGCUGGUUUAUACUAUUGGUGUGUUCUUAAAUUUAAUCUGGAUUGCCAGAGUGUGCUCUGGGUGUUCGUAAACACAGAGCGUUGUCAGACUGUCUUACUAAAUUCAGAGCGUUUCCCUCUCGGAGGCGUUCAGAGCGUUUACUCGACGCUCUGGCCGAGGAGUAGGGUUGAUCUGAGUGUUACUAUCCUGUACUAUCCUCAUCAUGUUACUAUCCUGCAUGAAUAUCCAGGUACCUAACCGACCAGGUUCAAUGUUAGCGGGCUAACAUUAGGCUAUAACUAGCAAUGCAAAUGGCUCUGAGAUAUUAAUAAUAUUACUACACAGAUCAUACACAUAACAUUAGCUAGCAAGCUAAUAGUACACUUUAACUUGACAUGAAAACAACUUUCUAACAAAAUUAGAAACAACCAAAUACAGACAUUUGAAGGAGAUGUAUCUUCUGCUUGGAUAGUUCCAUCUGUGCUAAUGACUUAGUGUCUUUAAUUCCAGUUUGUCUACAAAUGUAUAAUUUAUAUGUUGGAUUCGUGUCUCCAUCUCAACCAAAAAUCUAAGUUAAAGAAUAGGACUAAAUCAAACUUUUGCUAUGAGAGAUGGGUUUAUUUACAGAGCAAUUCAGUUGAGAAAUUCCUGUUCACAUAAAGUAAAGUGCGACCUAGGUUAUUCUGAAUUGUUGAAUGAAUCCCACGUAUUCUCAACCAUUUGAGACAGAAAUCACUGUUAUGGGAUAGGCCUUUUCACACCGCCUCAUCAUUAUUAGUUUCACUAUCUAUCAUUUUAUUUUCUACAGCCAACUAUGGAAGGUUUAUUUCAAUCUGGUAUUUAAAAACAUAUAUAUUUUUACUAAUCUCACUUCUGCAGAAAGUGUCUCACUGUGAGUAAUAGGUUCCCAAAUGGCCUCACAAUUGACCAUUUCUUUAUUUCUCUCCUCUGAAAUGGUAUUAUUGUGAAACACACUUCCCCUUUUCUAGUAAUUGGCAGGUGAUUGGCAGAAUGAGUCAGAAAUGCUGUUGUAGUUUAGCUGUGAAUGUCGGCUUGAGAGAAAUGCCACCCUCCAGAGUUGUUCUGAUACUCUCACUGGAAGUUUUUUAACAUAUUUAUAAGCUUUAUAUUAAAAGAGCAAAUAUGAAAAUAUAUGCUGACAAUUACUUGUUUAUACAUACUGUACAAAAAAACGGUGCAAUUCAGUGAUCUCUAAUUGUCUACAUUUUUUCAAACAUAGCUAUUUACUCUAUUGCAAAAGUGAUAUUUAAUUGUGUUUGGUUGUCAACACAACCAAAUAUCAACAUUUGAAGGAGAUUUCUCUUCUGCUGGGAUAGUUCCAUCUGUGUCACUGACUUAGUCUGGCUUAAUUCCAGUUUGUCUACAAAUUAAUGAUUGCUAUGUUGGAUUCAUAUCGCCAUCUUAAGCAAAACUCAAAGUUAAAGAAUUGGACUAAAUCAAAUCAAACUUUAAAUGCACUUUAAAUAAAGUUUGAUGUGAUUCAGUUAUAUUAUUUUACUUAGAUUUUUGGUUGAGAUGGAGAUGUGAGCAACAUAUUAACUUUGAAAUCAACCAAAUCUUAAAACCUUAGGCCUAUAUUUAUUGUGUAUUUUUAGUUGAAUCCUGAGUUGAAUAGAAACAAUAGCUUUUGAUGACUUCGCAAAUGCUAUAGCCUAAAUAGUAUCAUUAAUGAUAUAUGUUUCACUCAAGUAUGGUUACAUUUCAUUUGAUCAGUUCAAUCUUCUCUCUGAAAUGACUUCGAUAGUGAAUUAUAUAUUUUUAAUUGGAGCAUGUGUAAUAAUCAUUCUCACGAUAGCACAUUGGUAGUGGUCACUGACAAAUAUCAAAGCUAAGCAGGGCUGGGCUUGGUUAAAACCCUGGAUGAAAAACCAAAUGGUAGCUGUAGAUAUAUUAAUUCUCCAGUAGGAGGUGCUGCCCAGCCUAUUGUUUUUUUCUUAUAGUGGAAAUAACGUUGAAGAUCUAACGUUGUUUCAACCGUACAAAUUCAAAAUAUUUCAUACAAAGUUUGACAAUGUUGAAAAUUGGUUACCAUGAUGACAUAAUCCUGUGGUUGAAAUUUCACCCGCAAAACAAGUUUACGUUGAUGACUUUUUGCAAAUCCAAUGUAUUCUUUUUGCAAAUCCAAUGUAUUUUAAACAUAGAUUCCAUGUGACAAUACGUUGACAAAUUACAUUGAAACAACGUUGAUUCAACCAGUUUGUGCCCAGUAGGUAUGCUUUCCUUAUUGGUUGUGGUGCACUGGCACGAAACCUGUUGGUGGAAAAUUUGUUGCAAAUAUAAUUAUAGCAUAAACAUUUUGAAAAUCAGAUUUCCAACUAGCUGAUCAUUGUCUGCAGCCGGUUCUGAUCGUAGUGUAGGUCUAAUGAAACAGGAAGGGAGAGUUAAUUAGUCCGUGGUGGUCGGCAAACCCUUAACCUUCUGGCCCGUAGCCAUCGACUGUGCCACGAAAGCAUGCUGAAGUGGCAAAGUUGAUAUCCAGGUUUAUAAACACAGGGUCGCUACAGUUAUUGUUAUUUGUGGACGUACAUUUUUUUUAGUUAAUUCUAUAAGGGGAGAGGGUGUUAACUUUUUCUGCAGUACAAGGGCUGGGUCAUCUGAAAAUAUUAACAUUGGGGAGGGGUGCAUUUCUUUUAUGGCACCUCAAGUUGUUUGUUUGUUUACGGUGAGGAAUGAGAUCUGGCUGUUCUUUGUCAAGGGGUAAGGCAAACAAGGAGGUAAAGUUAAAGAGGGAGAGCGUUGCUGGGAUGUUUAACUUUCCCACGUUUGCUUUGGUAGAACACCUGAGAUCAGGGGAACUUUUUGCCCCUUUUUUUUUUACUCAGGCAGCAUCCAGGAUAGCUGGCUGGAUAUGAGUUUAUCUAGAUCUAAAGGUUGUCAGUAGAUACACAAUACCAUAUCCUCCUCAUAGGACAACAUACAACCAUGUACUGUACGUCCACAAUAGUGGACUAUGUUGUACUUUAUUUGAUAAACCUUUCAAAGCAACACUAGAAGCCUAGCAUCGAUUUUAUGAAUGGAGGCCAUGGCAGGAUAUUCUGUUGUCCUUCUGGCUAACACAAAUCUCUCAAAUCUCUGUAACGUCUGUUAUAUAAACCUAACGUCUGUUCAGAUUAAUGCUGGAGCAUCCACUAUAAAAGGCACUACAAUUGGGAAGUGAAGAGUGGUCAAACUUUGUUGGCCCUGCCAGAAAAACUACGAUCUAGAGAGACUUCUGUGACCCUUCUAAGAUACAAAGGUGCACUAUGUUAUAUCAUAUUAAACUAGAUAGAAAUAUUUCACAGUGUGAAUGAAGUACAUUCUUGGUAUGGGAAUUGGCAAUGGGGAUUGGUUGCUUUACCAUUGGCAUUUUCCUAUGCCUUCACAGCGAGGGAUCCAAGUGUGUACAUUUUGAAGCCAUGAGCCGCAGAUUCAGUGAAGUUCACCGUUCCUCCACAGUUUCCUCUGUGACCAAGCCCACAUACGUACUCACCACAGAGUGGGCGUGGUUCUGGGUGGACGAGUACGGCAAAUGGGUCCAGUACGCAUCCAUUAAAGAGAAGCACAGAUUGUCGUCCAUCACCAGUGAAGACCUUGAGAAAAGGUACCAGGAGGAUCAAAGUGCUGUGGUGAAGUUCACUGCAGGCCAGCAGUCUUAUGAGCUGAGUUUCAGAGACAUGACGCAAAAAAACUAAAGAUACGGUACUGACGGUACUGUAAGGAUGGUCAGGCGUCGUCCUGUGUUUGUUUCAACUGCAGACAGCAGGUAAUGUACGGAUGAGGAUGAGCUAAGAGGAUGGUCACCAUGCUCGGUAUUGAACCUAAUAAACACUCACAAUUGCAUAAUCAAUAUUUGGGUAAUAAGUGGAGAAAUAAAUAUAGGUAUUCAAUUGAGCUACUUAUUUUCUUAGUGUUGAAUGUCAUGUUCUCUUUUAUAUUUAUCCUCAGGACAAAUAGAACAUGCAACUCCUCUCAGAAUUUCAGAGAUGUUCCUGGAUUUUGGGACAAGUCUGCCAUACCUGACAUUGGAUAUAAGACAGUCAGUCCCUGUCAGAACUCAGAAGAGUAUCAGAAGGUCCAGGCACUUUUCAACAAGACCAUGAGGGGCUUCCAAAUCACCAGCAUCGAGAGGGUCCAAAACAGGGACCUCUGGGAAGUCUUCCAGUGGUAUUUUUACAUCAACUCUCACACACUAUCCUAGAAAAGAAAUUUGAUGAAGAAAAACAAUGGGGGUAAAAACAGCAAGGAGUUAUAUCUCUUCCACGGAACGGACCCAAAACACGUAGACGCCAUUUGCAGAGAUAACUUCGACUGGAGGCUGUGUGGAACCAAUGGAACUGUGUAUGGCGAAGGGAGUUACUUUGCCAGGGAUGCCAAGUACUCGCACAUCUUCACCAGCCACUCAGGAGUGAGGUCCAUGUUUGUUUGUCGGGUGCUUGUUGGCGACUACACAUUAGGGAACUCGAACCUCCGUCGCCCCCCUCCAAAAGGCGAGGGAAGCCCGACUCUCUAUGACAGCUGUGUGGACAAUGUCCUGAAGCCAUCCAUAUAUGUGGUGUUUGAAAAGCACCAGGUGUACCCCGAGUUCCUCAUCAAAUACGAUAAUGGCGUCAUGCACUUGUCCUCUUCGGCUCCAGCUCCACCCAAAACUGUCUCUAUCCAAUCCACUUACAUAGUCCAAUACCCAACAUCCAAACGGAUUCAGGCAGCAGCUGCUGCUACGCUGCCAAACUCUCGAGUUCCAUCCACUUACACUUUGAGUCCAUCUCAAGCAGCCACCACUUUCUAUAAUCCAACCAAUUCUCUUCCCCCUUCACGUCUCCCAAAACCUGCCCGAACCCCACUGGGAUUCAGUCAAUCUGCAGUCAUCAUGAAGCCAGCCCCAAGUUCUCAAUUGGUGUAUACCACCCUAGGCCAAGCUAAUUGGUCUUACACUCCCUCAUUCAGCAAACUCCCUCAUAAACUCAUUACCCAAGCCAGCACCCCCUCUCGUACACCCAGUACCCCCUCUCCUACACACCCUACCCCAUCCAGUACCCCCUCUUAUACACUACCUACCCCAGCCAGUACCCCCUCUUAUACACGCAUUACCCCAGCUAGUACCCUGUCUUAUACACGCGUUACCCCAGCCAGUACCCCCUCUCGUACACCCACUACCCCAGCCAGUACCCCCUCUCGUACACCCACUACCCCAGCCAGUACCCCCUCUCGUACACCCACUACCCCAGCCAGUACCCCCUCUCGUAAACCCACUACCCCAGCCAGUACCCCCUCUCGUAAACCCACUACCCCAGCCAGUAACCCCUCUCGUACACCCACUACCCCAGCCAGUAGCCCCUCUCGUACACCCACUACCCCAGCCAGUACCCCCUCUCGUAAACCCACUACCCCAGCCAGUACCCCUCUCGUAAACCCACUACCCCAGCAAAUACCCCCUCUCGUACACCCACUACCCCAGCCAGUACCCCGUUUUAUACACCCACUAGGCCACCAAGCAUCCACUCUCUCACACUCACUCCCUCAGCCAGUGCCCCCUCUCGCACACUCAUUACCCCUGGCACUGCCCACACUCGCUCAAGAAACCCCUUUCGCACACUCUCUACCCCUGCCAGCCCCCCUUCUCGCACACUUUCCCGUUCAACUGACACACCCUCUCAGGCUCACACCCGCUCAACGACUAUUACUCGCACGCUCCCUGCCAGCAGUAACUCUCACCCACUAUCCCCUUCAUCCUCAUUAAGCACACCUUAUCACACACUUUCUCACUCAUCAUACACCCCCACUUACACAGACUCUUCCACACUCUCGGGGACUCACCACUCCACAUCGAGCACUACUUCUGACACAUCUUCUACUAUCACAUCAUCUAGAGUGCAGAAGUUAAUUAAACAAUUUGGUGGUCAAAGUUCAACCUGUUGACAAUUUGUAGUGUUUCUGAAUGAUAAUUGCAUUUUCAUGUCAAAUAUGCAUAGUUGGUGUGUUAAACCCUUGCAACCCUUACAACAAACAAGAAUGAUGCUCAACACAGCAGGUUAGCGGCACCUUAAUUGGGGAGAACGGUCUCGUGGUAAUGGCUGGAGCGGAAUAGGUGGAAUGGUAUCAAACACAUGGUUUCCAGGUGUUUGAUGCCAUUCCAUUUGCUCCGUUUCGGUCAUUAUUAUGAGCCAUUCUCCCCUCAGCAGCCUCCUGUGAUGUUCAACUAGUAACAAGGAAUAUGAUGAGCAUGUUUCCUUUACUCUGGGACCUCUGGUCUGCUGAUCCUUUACUCUGGGACUUCUGGUCUGCUGAUCCUUUACUCUGGGACUUCUGGUCUGCUGAUCCUUUACUCUGGGACUUCUGGUCUGCUGAUCCUUUACUCUGGGACUUCUGGUCUGCUGAUCCUUUACUCUGGGACUUCUGGUCUGCUGAUCCUUUACUCUGGGACUUCUGUUCUGCUGAUUCUUUACUCUGGGACUUCUAGUCUGCUGAUCCUUUACUCUGGGACUUCUGUUCUGCUGAUCCUUUACUCUGGGACUUCUGGUCUACUGACACAUUUUGUAAAGUAGUUGGAUUUCUGUGUUUUCUGUGUAUUCAACUAAAUAAACUAAAUGAUCAAUAGAAAGUCA